GUGAAUCAUGGGCAUUCGCCAGUUUUUAUCUAAUGGUAAAACCAUCAUAUUUACUUGAUUGUGGUCGUGUGACGUGUGUCAUCAAAAGUUAGUGAUGGCAUGGAUCAUGUAUAUUUUGCUAUAACCUAUGUGUACGUAAUAUGUUUAACCGAUUACACCUGGUUUUCAAUGAGAUGUCGUCACUGAGGUUGCUGUUUUACAGAAUCUUCUUAUUUUUAUCGACCUAACUGGUAUGGGGAUGUCAUGGCUGGCCCAAGUGCGGUGCGUGCACUUGGUGAUGUUUGCAGUCUGCCUGAUCCCACUAUUCGUAUGUCUUUCGUACCUGAACAACAAUCAACUCCACACGACGGCAUCCCCGCUCAGAACCUACGAAGUACGUUUAGUUCAAACCAGCAGCAGCAAUCUCAGCCAAUCGGACACCGAAGGGCAACUACCACCAGCUGUUCCUUCACAUUCAACCAAUGCCACUACGAAUAACACCAACCAGGGUCCCGAUCUUACCAAAGGGGUAGCAGCAGAGAAAAUCUACGAAGCCGGCCACAUGCAUCAUACUUCUGAAAUAUGCCUCAACAUGGGUAAAGAUCUCAAACUGCUGAUAGCUAUUACGUCGGCCCCAAGUCAUGAAAGUGCCAGAUUAGCUGUAAGGGAAACAUGGGGUCAUUUUGCUAUAAGAAAAGACAUAGUCAUAGCUUUUAUGUUAGGUUCCACUUCAAAUCAGACUGUAAAUGAUAGGAUAGAAAAAGAACAAGAAAUGUAUGGUGAUAUUAUUAGAGGAAAAUUUAUAGACACGUAUGACAAUCUUACUUUGAAGACCAUAUCCAUGCUCGAAUGGGUGGAUAAUCUAUGUUCGAGGGCGCAGUUCGUACUUAAGACAGAUGAUGACAUGUUUAUAAACGUCUCGCGUCUUUUAGCAUUUAUUAGCAAACACAAGCCUGAAGAACGAGUAAUAUAUGGCCGAUUGGCCAGGAAAUGGAAGCCAAUUAGGAGAAAACAAUCUAAGUACUAUAUUUCUCCGCAACAAUAUAAACCUACAGUUUUUCCAGAUUUCACUACGGGUCCCGCUUAUUUAUUUCCAGCUCAUAUAGCUAAAGAACUUUAUCUAGCGUCUCUAAACUAUACGUAUUUUAAACUCGAAGAUGUUUUUGUCACUGGUAUUGUGGCAAACGGACUGAAGAUUAAACGGGUACAUGUACCAGAAUUUAUUAAUAAACGCGUUUCGUUCACGCCCUGCAACAUCCAGAAGGAGAUCAGCAUACACAUGGUGAAGAGUGCUGAACAGUACGAUCUGUGGAAAAAGUUACAUGACGUAGCAAAGUGUAAAAAAUAAAUGUGAUUGACUUCGAACAAAAGAAAGACUUGUGAUUAGUUUACAAUUCUUUAUUAUGAACAGUAUUUUAUUUUAAGUUAAAUUAUUUUCUAUAAAUAAUUGUAUACUCGGGUAGAUUAUAAAAAAAUACAUCACAUCAGACCCUAUUUAAAUUAAGAAAUUAUUUUUUGUAAUCUAUUAAAAUUAAAAAAAAAAAAAACGAUUUUUUGUAUUAUACUCGCUCAUGUACAUAAGAUUUAGAACUCAUUUUUAUAUUUCAAUUAAGAUCAAAUAAAAUAUUAUAAAAUUAAUGUAAAUAUAUUUGUACAAUAUACUCUAGAUUGAACGUUUAGAUUCUUUCUCUCUAAUUUUAUUCAUCAUUUUGUGGAGGAAUAUACACGAAGGAAUUCACUUCUUGCAACACCAAUUCUGAAAAAAAAAGUCAAUAUUAUAGAAGCCUUAAAUGCCCAAGCAAGUUUUUGUACAUUUUAAUUAAAAAAAGCUUGGAUAUUUAAAGUGCAAUAAACUGUUAAUUAUAUUUAAAUAAGUUCUAUUGUCUCCAAAAUUUAUAAGUGUGAGAAUAUUUCUAAUUAAAUAUUUAUCUAAAUUAUAACAUUAUUGUUCUAGUUAGAUCGUUAACUACUACAAUAAAAAUUUAAUUUUUUUUUCCUUUUGCACAAAUAUAACAAAAGGAGUGUUUUCUUUUAUUUUUUAUCUAGAUUUUAUUCAAAACCUUAAAAUGUUCAAUUUUUCCUCGUUUUCUUUUCGUUCCCAUUAUUCAACAAAUAAAUAAUAGUGAUCUGCCUGUCAAUUUCUAAUUAAAAAUGAUGACGUUAUUUUUUGUUUUUUUGCCCUUUCCGGAAACCCUCUGCUCACCUCUGAAGGGUUACGGCAGGGUUCCAGUCUACCUUCCGUCCUCUGGGGUUCGCAUGGCGGCAC